UCUGAUGGCAGCGCAAAAUUCCAGAGAAAAUAACGAAACGUCGAGAAACACAAUGGAAGGCGAAGAGCAGAGUAUUUUGAUAAAAGCCGGAUGCGACAAGGAACAAAGAGAGUCAGGAGGCCCGCUCCCGCGUGACACGCAGCCCGUGCUGAGGCAGGAGCCGGCCAGGAGCGCCCGCAUCAAACUGGGCGGAGCCAACGCGGACGCCCACCCCCGCGGCGGCGGCGGCGGCGGCGGCGGCCUUCGUGGGGCCUCCGAUCGCGACGCGUCCACCUACUCCCUCUGCUCUAUGCACAAGUACGGCAGCAGCUGCUCUUCCGUGGACCGGCUGUCUGCCGCGCCCCAGCCCGACGCGGGAGAUGACUGCGCCUCCAUUAUCCUCACCUGCCUCUUCUGCAGGUUCUACGACGUCUUGCUCAUGCUGCCGGACACGUGCGAGAGCGCCGCACUUCGCUGCUGCCCCACCUGUGGGCUUCUGUCGGCCCCGGCAGAGCCGCUACACAGCCACGACGACUGCAACUGCAACCUGGAGUUCGACUGUGGCCUUUUGGAUGCCUGCCACGAGACGGGCGAGUGUCUCGAGCUGGCCAUGGAGGUCUCGGAGAUCUGCUACCGCUGAGGCCUCGCCGCUGGUCAGCGCUCCGCCGACGCGAGGCUUCGCCUGCCUUGUGAAGUUGAGAUGACAGCGAGUCCGCAGGGAGUCGCCGAAGAGCGACAUCAGGAGGGAGGAAGGGAUAUUAUGCGAGUCAUUGGUACCUUUUGCCGUGAUGACAGGGUUUCCGAGGAGACGCAUUAAAGAUGGUGCCCUUGGCAGCGACAGUAUGCGCUGCUCCUACAACCAGUUGGCCACCCACUCGCCCAACACAACAGUGAUGCAUCAUCUAUUUUUUAAUCUUUGCCAUCAAGUCCCCGAGGUGCCCGCCACCGCCGCCGCCGCUCUAUUCUUGAGUGAGAUUCUUAUCUCAAACUGCUCCGCUAAGUAUCUAAUUAUUUAAAUUGUGAAACUGCCAGCUAUGCAAGAACAUUUCGCACAACGGUAAUCUGCUACGGUAUCACGCUGGACCACCCGUCAGCUUUUGGACACCCACCCGUGUUGCUGUAACCCAGGUGCUUUUACGCGUUGGUCUGGAAAGUUCUGCGGCUCACUGCGGGGGUGCUGGCGCUUCGAACGGGGAAGCUCCGCAUACGGGACCCCUUGCCACGUGCGCAAGACCACGGCUGUCAGAGCAGCAACGGGCUGCCGUGCCGAAUGGCCCGCACCCGGACGUCCCGAAAAAGCCGUAUGGAAAGCGAGGGGGCGUUUGCCGAGCCACGGAGCUCACAGAAUGGAUGGCGAACACCCCUCCUCCUGGAUCCCAUCGAUCUUCGCUCCCUAUCCUCGAUGCGGUGCCCUUCCUAACCCGCCGCAGCGGCUCAUCCCACGAAAAGGCAAAGGACGAGAGGAUGUCGGAACGCGGGAAUGAUGUAAAGUGUACAUAGUACCGUAUUUCAUGUAUACAUAAUGCGUGGGUGUGAUGUAAUGACAGUCCCAUCCUUGGGAAGGUGCACAGAAUAUAUGGUACUGAGGAGGUGCGUAACUAUGAGCAUGUCUUGCUAAGUAUUUAUCUGGUACCUCGCAUAUUAUCGUGCAUCGAGAAGACACAGGCAUGUAAUACCACAGCGCUGCACCGUGUUACCUCUCGAGGUGCGUCCGCUGGGUUUUUUUCAUGAGUCUCGGAAAGCCAUUAGGAAUACAGCAAAUUGAGCUCUUCGUUCCUUUACGCUUUUAUGCGCGAAAACAGUACGGUGCAAGGACGCCGUUAAAGGUGGAACACCCGACGACAGGAGAGCGCAAUUACAAAAGUGACAAAACUGUAUUAUAAUGAAGAGAUGAAAGCAGAAUAAAGUCAAAACGCACUAUUUCCUGAAUCCAGCACCCGAGAAAUAAUUAAAAUAUCUUAAUUCCCAUGUUCCUGACAAGACAUAUUCCCCCCUCAGCACUAAGAGCAUCAGAACUAAACAGCAUAAUGAAAAAAAAAGAAGAGAAAUAAGUCAGGAUCCCCAUCAAGGGAUGAUAUUGAGUUUUGAUGUUUUAAAAACGAGUGCAAUUGCUGCGCACAGUUUGAAAGACGGCGGCGAAUGGCUCCACCCUGCAGCUAGAGAAAUUGUGCUCUGCAGGACGCUGAGCCAUUGUAAUUGUUUAUUUGUUUGUUUAUCUGUUUCCAUCUCCCCCUGCCAUUCGCUAGAGGUUCUGCCGUCAUUAGUUCCCGGGUUUGAAAUAGCAUCCUUGUAAGUGAGCGACGGCCCUCGAAGAACGAUGCGCUGCGAAGUCACUGUCCAUUUUCUCUCCUAACUGGGGUGGGGAGGGCGGGUUGAGAGGCUGGGCGCGGGCGCGCACACACACACACAC